AUGCUCAAUUGUCGUGCCUGUCUCUGGCGAUGCAUUCAGGCCCUCGAUACCAGCCCUUCCGCAACUCAGCGUCUCCGUCGUGACGCACCAUCCGUACUUAGACAUGGCCAACGGAGGUCUUUCCAAACGCCCUCCAACCUCAUUCCCGAAUAUGCUCGCCCCGCGCGAUCUGUGAGAUACUCGGGCCCCAAAACCGACUCAUGGAGCGAGUCACCCCAGGCAGCAAAUAUUAGAAUGAAGGCAAGGAAAAGCCUCACACAACGCCGACCUCCAGCACAAGACUCGGUUGCGCCCGCUGCCUUCCCACCCAGGAAGAUGGGUCGGCGAGACCCAUCAGUAUCAACCACCGACUUCAACCGACGCAAGAAGGAAUUGCAGCAUCUCACGGACCCGCUCGAGUUGGCGAACUUCGUGCAGAAAGAGUUGGCAAAGGGCAAGGACACGGAAAUGCUGCAGCUUGUGCGAAUGGCCAGUCAUUCGAUGCAAUCAACUGUUGCUUGGAAUCACAUCAUAAAUCACUAUCUCUUGAACGGACGUGUGUCUGUAGCAUUAGGCGUGUACAACGACAUGAAAAAACGCGCCCAGUUCCCCGACUCGUACACAUAUUCCAUCAUUCUCCGAGGCCUCGCCCUGAACGCCCAGCACUCUGGUUCUCUCGGCAAAGCGUUAUCCGUGUACCAUUCCCUGUCCGCCCCAAACUCGCGAGUGCAGCCAUCUAUUAUACACACAAAUGCGAUGCUCAAAGUAUGCGCCAGAUCGUUGGACAUGGAUGCGCUGUGGGGAGUGGCAGCGAAAAUUCCAGAAAGCGGACCGGCCGCGGCGAAUGCAAUCACUUACGCAACAAUCCUCAACGCAAUCCGUCAGAGCCUGCUGGUGGGUGUACCCGUUGGCGAAAGCGAGGAGGAAGUAGCCAAGCGAAGAGACGCUGGUGUAAUGGAAGGUCGUCGAGUCUGGCAUGACGUUGUCAUGAAAUGGAAGGCCGGAUCGCUGCUACUGGAAGAAAAACUUGUUUGCGCGAUGGGGCGGCUCCUCCUGGUCGGUGCUCGACCUCGGGACUGGGACGACGUACUGUCUCUGGUAGAGCAGACAAUGGACAUCCCGCGUUUAGUACCGCGUUUAGGAUCGACGGCGCGGUUGGAAGCCGGGUAUCCUGAAUUGCGUGCCCCCUCGAUAUUAGAGCAGUACCGCAAAGAUGAUCAUGUGAGUCCGACAGGAAAGCCGAUUCGCGGCGAAGAGUUUCUAUCCCUCGUUCGAACAGGCAACAACGGCUCCGGUGCUUCAUUGUACACAAAACCCUCCAACAACACACUUUCCAUGGUUCAAGAGGCCUGUCAGAAGAUCGUUGCUGGCAAAGCAGCCAACGCAUACUGGGAUCUUUUGACCGAUACUGGCACCUACGCUAUUGUUCCGGACGCCAACAACCUCAAUGCUCGGUUGAGGAUAUUGCGCCAGAACCGCUCCUCUGCUAAGGCAGUGGAGCUUAUCAAGUCCGGAUUUCAAGCAAAGGCUCUGGCACCCCAUCCCGGAACCUUCAGGAUAGCGAUGAGCACCUGUGUGCGGGACAAGAACAACCACCACUCUCUCCAGCAUGCGACGGAACUGCUAGAGAUGAUGGCACAAACUAUGGAAGAUGUCGAUCCCAAAGCCGUCGCUAUGUAUGCUGAGCUUGCAAUGAGCUUUCCGUUGGGCACAGGAAGCGACAAAGUCCAUGCCCUUACUCGUGUUUACCCUCUCGCAUCCAACAUUCGGCUCCAGCUUACCGUUGGCGCAGCAGCAAAGGGUGACAAGGCUGGCGCUUAUCCACUUCGAGGCGCUCAAAGAGACGAUGCACUCGCUGCACUGAGAAAGAUAUACGCUCUCAUGGAUAGUGUUGUUCUCUCUGACGCAAUCUCCGAAGAGCAAAAACGACUCUUCAAAGAAGAGAGAUCACGCCUUGGGUCGUUUCUGCAAAGGACUAUUUUCAAAGAG